CAACACCUAUUUGGGUUCCUUCUCCUUAGAGAGAGAGAGAGAAAAAAAAAAAAAACACCACCUUUGAUGGUCGAACCUUCAGUUUCCACCCCUAUAUUUUUCUAGUCCACUAGCUCGUUUUCAGUCCCUCCUCGGGUUGCCCGGCCGGCCUCGAUCGCAGUCUCCGGAAGGAAGGGAGAGAGAGGAACAAUGGCGGAAAACGGGAACGGCGGUGAGUUCAGCUUCGGGAACGGGGACGCGAGGAACGGGCUGACGAAGAUAGCGACGAACAAGAAGGAUGGGAAUGGCGCGGUCUGCCACGACGACAGCGCCACGCCGGUGAAGGCCCAGACCAUUGACGAGCUCCACUCCCUCCAGAAGAAGAGGUCUGCCCCCACAACCCCUAUCAAGUCCUCCGCCGCAGCCUCCCCCGGCGGCUUCGCCAACGCCGUCUCCGAGGAGGAGCGCCAGAAACAGCAGCUCCAAUCCAUCAGUGCAUCGCUAGCGUCGUUGACUCGGGAGACAGGGCCGAAGGUGGUGAGGGGGGACCCAGCCACCGCGAGGAAGGCUGAGACGCCAAAGGUUGCUCACGUCACCCACACCCACCCUCACUUCACCCCCACCAUCGCCGUCAGCGACAGCGCCCUCAAGUUCACCCACUUCCUCUACAACCUCUCCCCCGCCGAGCUAUACGAGCAGGCAAUCAAGGAUGAGAAAGGGUCUUUCAUCACAUCGAGUGGUGCCUUGGCCACCCUGUCCGGUGCAAAGACCGGUCGCUCUCCGAGGGAUAAGCGCGUCGUCAAGGAUGACACCACCGAGGCUGAACUUUGGUGGGGAAAGGGCUCGCCUAACAUUGAGAUGGACGAGCACACUUUCUUGACUAACAGAGAAAGAGCAGUGGACUACUUGAAUUCUUUGGACAAGGUAUUUGUGAAUGACCAAUACCUCAACUGGGACCCAGAGAACCGAAUCAAGGUCCGGAUCGUUUCCGCGAGGGCCUACCAUUCCCUGUUCAUGCACAACAUGUGCAUCCGACCCACGCCGGAAGAGCUGGAGAAUUUCGGCACUCCGGACUUCACUAUAUACAAUGCAGGGCAGUUCCCCUGCAACCGGUACACACAUUAUAUGACAUCCUCCACUAGCGUGGACCUUAACCUCGCCAGGCGGGAAAUGGUCAUCCUUGGGACCCAGUAUGCCGGCGAGAUGAAGAAGGGACUCUUUAGUGUCAUGCACUACCUUAUGCCCAAGCGCGGAAUCCUCUCCCUCCACUCGGGCUGCAAUAUGGGAAAAGGCGGCGAUGUCGCCCUCUUCUUUGGUCUCUCAGGUACUGGGAAGACAACCCUGUCCACAGAUCAUAACCGAUACUUGAUCGGUGACGAUGAGCAUUGCUGGAGUGAUAAUGGUGUGUCGAACAUUGAAGGGGGGUGCUAUGCCAAGUGCAUUGAUCUCUCCAGAGAGAAGGAGCCCGAUAUCUGGAACGCCAUCAAGUUCGGGACCGUGUUGGAAAACGUGGUCUUCGAAGAGCACACUAGGGAGGUCGAUUAUACUGACAAAUCCGUUACAGAGAAUACUCGUGCAGCUUAUCCGAUUGAAUACAUCCCGAAUGCGAAGAUCCCUUGUGUGGGCCCACACCCCAAGAAUGUCAUCCUCUUGGCAUGCGAUGCUUUCGGCGUGCUGCCCCCAGUGAGCAAGUUGAACCUUGCGCAGACCAUGUACCACUUCAUCAGUGGCUACACUGCUCUCGUGGCCGGGACAGAGGAUGGAAUAAAGGAGCCGAAGGCGACAUUCUCGGCUUGCUUUGGAGCUGCUUUCAUAAUGCUGCACCCGACCAAGUAUGCUGCAAUGUUAGCCGAGAAGAUGAAGAAGCAUGGGGCCACCGGGUGGCUCGUCAACACUGGCUGGUCCGGUGGAAGCUAUGGGUCGGGUAGCCGCAUUAAGCUGCCAUACACAAGGAAGAUCAUCGAUGCCAUCCACUCAGGCAGCCUCCUGAAUGCAGAGUACAAGAAGACCGAGGUAUUCGGUCUUGAGAUCCCCACUGAGGUUGAGGGUGUUCCCUCGGAGAUUCUGGACCCGAUCAACACUUGGGCAGACAAGAAGGCAUACAAAGAGACACUGCUGAAGCUUGCUGAUCUGUUCAAGAACAAUUUUGAGACAUUCACCAACUACAAGAUUGGCAAGGAUAACAAGCUGACUGAGGAGAUGGUCGCUGCCGGUCCGAUCUUUUGAUCUCAUGAAUCCCGAAAAUGAAGGAAAAAAAAUAAAAAGCUUGUGUGUGCUGUGGGGUUUUUUAAAUGGAAAUAAUAGAGAUAGGUCUUUAUUAUUUCGCAUUUUUUUCAUAUCACCAUCUGUAUGAUUGCCCCCUGGUAUUUGUCUGUCGGAAUAUGAAGCGUUCAUGUUCUAAUAAAUUUACCAUCUUUCGAGUUUCAAUUUACUC